AUGGAUGAGGACCCCAGGAUGGAAGAGAAUGGCGGGGAGCCCGCGGCUUCUGAGAGCGCCCUGCCAUCCAGGGAGCCCUCCACGGUGCCUGCACCAUCUUCCUCCAUAGAGGGCGUUGUCCCUGCCACUGGCUCAGGAUCAGAAACUUUGAAUAUGGCAUCUGGUGACCUUGAUCGUAAAUCACUCGGCGGUGAGAAACAGACUUCGAGAUCAGCGGCGGCUGAGACAGAGAUCAGAGGCUGCAGUCCAGCGUCCAACGACGGCCGUGCCCUCCCGGUCUCCUCCGAGAGCGAGGCGGCAGCCACAUCACCUCAGGAAGCCCAAGCGGAGCCUGGAACAAUGGAGGAACCGAAAAAAGAAAGUGUGGUAGGAGACCCCGCCAUCUCCCCUGCCAAGUCGGUUAACUUCAAGCCAAGUGACAACACCUCUGUGAAUGAGAAGGAGGUGGAGGCCGAGUUUCUCAGAUUAUCUCUGGGCUUUAAGUGUGACGGGUUCACUUUGGAGAAAAGAGUGAAGCUUGAGGAAAGAGCCCGCGACCUGGCCGAAGAAAAUCUGAAGAAGGAGAUCACCAACUGCUUGGCGCUCCUAGGGUCCUUAGCGCCGCUUUGUGAAGAUGACCACCAGGCCCAGGAGAUCGUCACGAAGCUGGAGAAGAGCAUCGGGUUCCUCAGACAGUGCACGGAGCGGGUGGCCAGUCGGGCAGAGAUGCUCGGGGCCAUCAAUCAGGAGAGCCGGGUCAGCAAGGCCGUGGAAGUGAUGAUCCAGCACGUGGAGAACCUCAAGAGGAUGUACGCCAAGGAGCACUCCGAGCUGGAGGAGCUCAAGCAGGUCCUCCUGCGAAACGAAAGGUCGUUCAACCCUCUGGAAAACGAAGAAGACUGCCAGCUUAAAAAGCGUUCGUCUUCCCUAAACUCCAAGCCCUCUUCUCUCCGGAGAGUGACCAUUGCCACUUUACCCAGGGGCAUUGGCAGCGUGGGGACGGUGGCCGGGAUGGAGGGCAAUGACCGAUUUGGCCGGAGGUCGAGCAGCUGGCGCAUUUUGGGGUCCAAGCAGAGCGAACACCGCCCCUCACUGCAGCGAUUCAUCAGCACCUACUCCUGGGCCGAUGCUGAGGAAGAAAAGGGCGAACUCAGACUUAAAGAUGACCCCGAACCACCCGGAGAAGAAGCUGCAGAAGGAGACAGAAGGCCAAGUCUUGGCGAGAAGAGACAUGACCCGCCCAAGUGGGAUGUGUGGGCCGUCCAGGACAGGCUCACGUCCUGGGCGGCCCAGCUCAAGACUUCCGUCUGCAACGCCAAGGCCCCCUGGCUCUCCGUGGCCCUCAUCGUCCUGUUUGCAGCUCUGGUCAGCUUCCUGAUGGGCCGGUUCUUCCAGAAAUCCGUGGACGCCGCUCCCACGCAGGACGGGGACUCGUGGAUGUCUCUGGAGCAUCUCCUGUGGCCGUUUACAAGACUCCAGCCCCAGGGGCCGCCCCCCGUGUGAGGGCAGCGCGGACCCUGGUCCUUAAGGUCUCCC